GGGAAGCCAAAUUUAUUUUAAGUUAUGUUUGAUGAUGUAUAUAACAUUUUUAUAAAAGCCGAAUGUAGCGUAGUUAUUGACUGUGCAAUAAACGACACUAUGUGCCUGGAAAAUAAAUAAUACUGCCCCUUUUACCUUUACUACUAUCUGCCAAGUAAAUGAUCUCCUGAAACAACCCGGUGCAUGUUGUCUGGAAAACAGGCAUAUUGAACAGUGUGAUCCGACGCACUGAAAGUGUGAAAUGACAGCUGAUUGUUUCCACCACUGUGGAGGAUGUUAGAGCUUAAAUUAAAACUGAAGAAUCCACCAGAUCUGAUGUUUACUUCUGUUCCCAUCGUUUCAGAAACGGAGAUGCUGACAGAAACCAACAAACUGCUCACCACAAAUAAACAGCAGACUCUCAGUCGUUUCUGACAGGAGAGACAGAGAGGAGCGAUGAUCACUGCCAGAGAGACACAAACAUCUGUAUUUCUAACGCUGAUGCUUUACUUAACAGCUGCAGCAGCUGGACAGGAUCUGUUCCUGACAGGCAGAGUUGGUGAUGAAGUCACUUUGCCUUGUGGAAAUGUGAUCUGCACCAGAAAUCAAUGUGACAGCAUCACCUGGAUGUUCAGUGAUAAAAGAUCAAUAACACUGUUUGAAAAAGGGCAGAUCUGUGAAGCUGCAGCAGCAAAAUCAGACAGACUGACGGUUACAUCAGGCUGUUCUCUGGUUCUGAAGAACGUCUCAGUGGAGGAUGUCGGGCUUUACACCUACAGACGGUUUAUAAACGGACAGCAAGAAUCAAACGACGUCAAUAUUUAUCUGUCCGUUAUUCACAUGGUUCAACAGAAACGGAGAGAUAAACUCAUCCUAACCUGCUCUGUGGUGGAGUAUAUCGACUGCAGACACACAGUGGAGUGGCUGAAUGACGGUGGAGAGGAAAUGUUGUCAGACGUGGAGGAACCAGAUCAGUCCUGCUCUGACACUGUGACGAUUCCAGCAUCUGACAGAAACUGGAAUCUAAAUUCAUCUGAAAACUUAAAGUGUAAAGUUACACAUAAAUACACUCACAACGUGCAGCUGGUCACCUACAGGAGUCAGUCAUCUGGGAAAACAGAUAAAGAGUCAGCAGCUAAAAUGACCACAACACAACCAGACAGCAUAAUAACAGCCACAACAGAAGAAUCAAACAAAUGGACGUCUAGGGCAAUUAAUUCAUCCACAAAUGUCAAUUUGUCAAAAACUCCAGGAUGGGUUUGGUCGCUCGUUAUCCGUCCUCUGUGUUUGGCAGCGAUGAUAGGAACUGUUGUGGCGAUAAUCAGAUGGACGAGAACUGAAGGAAAAGAAGAAGAAAGUGAAAUGAGUGAAUGAUUAAAUCCUUACAUUGUUAUUUUUCAUCCAUUUCUGGUGAAAAAAAGGAAAAUGUGUCACAGAGGUCGAUUUCUUUUUGUCAUUUUUCGAGAUGAGAAAUACGAGAGAACAUGCCAUUCAAGUAAAGCUGAUUAUUAUUGAUCUUUAGGACAAAAAUAACCUAAACAAUCACUCCUUUAAAUGUUGUCUCAUUCAGAAUAACGUUUAAAAAAUACGGCUGUGACAGACGAGGCUCCGUUCAGCAAGUAGGAAGAAAAGAAACCAAAUAAUCUACAAAGUUUACAGAGAAGAGCGACACAUUUCUCAAUUAAAUUAAAGCUUUUAACAGUAAAGUAAUAAAAUCACCCAGAUGUAAGUAGGAGGAAGGUGAAACUAGAUACAUUGGAAAACAAACCUUCAGCAGGUCAGCUGAUCACUGAACAAGAAGUUGGGUACAGCWGUGAGGAAAAACAAGUAACUGAGGUAAAUGUGCAAAAUAAGUUUAUGUGAGACAUGAUUUGUUACAUUUCGGUUCAUUUUAAUCAUAUUUGUCUGUAUUUUUGCUGUAUUGUGUGAGAUUCCUGGYUUGACACAAAUCACUGUGAAUAUUUCUGCUACCGUCGGUCCAGACGGGCUCUACUGUAAUAUCAGUGAAUAGGUAGCAUUAGAUAUUGUUUAAUAAGUCAAAUAAAUAAUUUUCUGCUUGAAGAAGAAACAUGAAAACAGCUUUAAUCCARAUAAAUCUAAAUAGAAACAGAGGAUCAGUUUGAACCAUCGCUGCUCACUGKAGCCCUCUAGUGGAGACAAGCAUGAAGACUCAUAGUGUAUGUGAUACAUUGUUUUAUUAAUUAAAUAUAACUUGUUUUGUUAAAUAUUCUUAAAUAAAAUUGAAGGUUUAUGCGCCA